AACGUGAAGACCAAAAGAGGAAAAAUAAGCGUGAUUAAACAAUAUUUGAUUGAUUAUACAGCUAACUCUAAUCUUCAUGGCUUAAAAUACAUCGGAGAAAGAGAAAGAACUUCAGUCGAAAAAAUAUUUUGGCUCUUCAUGUUCACUUGCUGUGUUAUACUAUGUGCUGCUCUGAUACGCAAAGUAUGGAUAAAAUGGAACGAAAGCCCUGUCAUUGUGAGCUUUGCAGAAAAUUCUACACCAGUGUGGCAGAUCCCUUACCCAGCAGUAACAAUAUGUUUUGAAACGAAAGCCCGACAAACGAAAUUUAAUUUUACUUAUUUUUAUCAUCUCAAUCAAAAUCAAAGCACCUCCGGAAAUUUCACAGAAGAGGAGCGUAAUUUGUUUGAAGACGUGUCUUUAGUCUGUGAUACUCAUCUUGCUCCGGCAGACGGAAGGAAAUAUUCUCUUGGAAAUGAAACUAUUGAAAAUAUUAAAGAGCUUUCUCCAAACAUAAGCGAUGUUCUUAUCGCAUGUAAAUGGAAAGACGUACCGAAAAACAGUUGCUCAGAUUUGUUUAUACCAAUACUUACAGAAGAGGGUCUUUGCUACACUUUUAACACUAUGGCAGCUGAUGAACUUUUCCGGAUCGAUAAUUUAAACACUGACUACGAGUAUUUGGAGCGGUCAAAUAAAACGCAAACUUGGUCCUUAGAAAACGGAUAUCCGCCAAACACACCGCUUGAAACGUAUCCACACAGAGGGACUGGUUAUGGCGCAACAGCUGGAUUAGUGAUUUUAUUAAGAGCUAAAAAACAGGAUUUCGAUUAUCUUUGCAGAGGCCCCGUGCAAGGUUUUAAGAUCCUAUUACAUAAUCCAGCGGAACUACCGCGAUUGUCACAGCAAUAUUUCAGAUCUCCUCUGUCCCAAGAAGUAGUUGUAGCUGUCAAACCGAAAAUGAUGACAACAUCUGACGGUCUCAAACCUUACGAUCCGAUCGGACGCCAGUGCUAUUUUCCAAGUGAACGCUAUCUAAAAUAUUAUAAAGUAUACACACAGGCCAAUUGUGACAUGGAAUGCCUAACCAAUUUUACUAAUGCAAGAUGCGGUUGCGUCCAUUUCGGCAUGCCACAUGGCCCAGAAAUGCGAGUGUGUAACGCAGGGAGUGUAGCUUGUAUGAACAAUGCAGAGAUGGAAUUAGUCACAGUUGAAAUUCAAAGUCGUUUGGACGAAGAAAUGAGUAGCAACGACACUCUAGGAGAGGCACGUCGAGUAGCCGCAGAAUGUAAAUGUCUACCCGCUUGCACUUCUAUAGAAUAUGAAGCUGAAACAUCACAAGCUGAUUUUGAUUUUAAAGCCCUGUUUAAAGCCUACAAUUUUCCGUUAGAUGAUGACGACAAAGAUCUUGUAUUUGCGCGCGUAAUGAUUUUCUUUAAAGAGGCACAAUUUAUUACUUCAAGGCGUUCAGAACUUUAUGGGCAAACAGACUUUCUUGCAAACUGCGGAGGUUUACUUGGACUUUUCAUGGGUUUUUCUAUUCUUAGUGUCGCUGAAAUCAUAUACUUCCUUACUCUCAGGGUAAUUUGCCUAUUAUGGAAACGGCGUCAGGCAAAAAAACGUAAAUUUUUUAAGGAGAAUGCCGAGAGUUUGACGAAUAAACCUGAAAAACUAAAAGACCUAACUAAAGGAAAGGGAUCUGUGCAAGAUAAGAGAAUCAAAAAAUAUACUAAGCCGCCAGCAAUGGCUAAUGUUAAAAACAAGGAAGAAAAAAAUAGCUUAAUUAUACAAUAUUUGCAAGACACUCAUCUGCAUUGCUUAAAAUAUAUCGGAGAAAAAGAUCGGACUAUGGUCGAAAAAAUUUUUUGGCUUCUAAUGAUCACUUUGAGUGUUCUAUUCUGCGCUGGUCUUAUACAUAAAGUGUGGUUAAAGUGGAACAAUAGCCCUGUCAUUGUCAGCUUUGCAGAAACUGCUACACCAGUGUGGCAAAUUCCUUAUCCAGCUGUGACAUUAUGUCCAGAAAUAAAAGUGAUGCAAACAGUGUUUAACUAUACCGAAUAUUACUAUUUACGUGAAAGAAAUACCAUCUCACCAGAAGAAGAAAAAAUAUUUGAAGACAUAACGGUAGUCUGUAAUAAAGAUGCUACUUCGUGGAUAAGUGGACGAAAUUUUUCCUUCGAAAAUGAAACUGUUGAAAAUAUUAAAAAGGUAUCACCACAAAUUGGCGAUGUUAUAAUAGGAACUAUGUUUAAAAAUAAAAUAAUAAGUGACUUAACAUUAUUUUCACCAAUACUCACAGAAGAGGGCUUAUGCUACACAUUUAACAUAAUAGGUGCGGAUGAAUUGUUACGGAUUGAUAAUUUAAACAGUGAUUAUCAUUAUUAUGGGUCUUCUAAUAAAUCGCUGACUUGGACCUUAGAAAAUGGAUAUCCACCAAACACACCGCUUGAAACUUAUCCACACAGAGGGAUUGGCUCUGCUGAAAAUGGUGGACUGACUCUUUUGUUAAAAGCGGCGAAAAAAUUUUUUGAUUACCUUUGCAGUGGAGCAACGCAAGGUUUCAAGGUCGUACUACAUAAUCCAGCAGAAUUUCCGCGAUUAUCUCAGCAAUAUAUUAGAAUUCCAUUAGGACAAGACGUUGUCGUCGCUGUAAAACCGAAAAUGAUGACAACCUCCGAGGGGCUUAAACCUUAUAACCCUAUCAGACGUCAAUGCUAUUUUCCAAGUGAGCGCUACCUAAGAUUCUUCAAAGUUUACACACAAACAAAUUGUGAAACCGAAUGCUUUACCAAUUUUACUUAUGUGAGAUGCGGUUGCGUCCACUUCGGUUUGCCUCUGGAAUUAGCAACAGUGGAAAUCGAAAGUUAUUUGGAAGAAGGAACAAAUGCUGAUGACGUUUUGGAAGAGGCUCGUCUAGUAGCCAAGAAAUGUAUAUGUUUACCCGCAUGCACCUCUUUAGAGUAUGAAGCUGAAACAUCGCAAUCUGAUUUCGAUAUUGUAAUGUUCUUAAAAGCUCUCCAUUUCUUAUCAAAGGAAGAACAAGAUGCUUACUACACACAAACAAAGAUUUUCUUCAAAGAACGACAAUUUAUAAAAGUGCAGCGUUCAGAGCUAUAUGGUUAUACAGACUUCCUUGCGAACUGCGGAGGAUUACUUGGAGUGUUCUUAGGGUUUUCGAUUCUUAGUAUCGUUGAAAUCAUAUAUUUUCUUACUCUCAGGUUAUAA